CUUUCAGGCUCUUGGAGCUGAGCUGGAAACAGGAGCCAGAGAAAAUCUCCAGGUCCAGUUCUAGGGUGGGUCCGGCUCCAUGUCUGCCCCCACUCCAGCCAGUCGCAGCUCUACGUCGCGCUCUUGCCGGUUUGACUACUGCAGGUUCAUAGAACUAGAUUAUGUCCCCAUGGAGUCGGGCUAUAUGGUCUCUAUGCGCCCAACAAAAGGCUACGCAUCGACCAAGUCGCCCACUAAAGGAUACGCCUCUACCAAGUCUCCGGAUCGCCGCUCCACCAACUCCCCCUCCACCCCACGGUCCCGGCGAGCUCCAGCUGCACCCAGUAACAGAGAUCCACAUGGAAACGUCUCCAUCAGCAGCGGCAGCAACUCCGGCUCGUGUAAAGGCAGCGACUGCAGCCCCACCAAAGGACGUCAGAAAUACACUUCAUGUACAGACAACCAUGGCAUUCGCCCUCCUCCGCCAGAGCAGUAUCUCACACCUCUCCAGCAGAAGGAGGUCUGUAUCCGACACCUUCGAGCCAAGCUCAAAGAAACCAUUACCACGCUGCAGGACAGAGACACAGAGAUCGAUGAGCUGCGAACUCGUCUCUACCGGAUGCAGGAGGACUGGGUUGAGGAGGAGUGUCAUCGCGUGGAAGCUCAGUUAGCUCUGAAGGAGGCUCGUCAGGAGAUCCAGCAGCUGAAAAACGCUGUGGACACAGUUCGUUCCAGGCUUAGUGAUGCCGGCGGGCUCAGUGGAGAUGUAGGAGUUCAGAAGUACUUCCAGGACAUCAACACUCAGAACCACAAAUUAGAAAACCUUCUGCUCAGCAUGGAGUUAGCCCAAGCAGGACUAGCCAAGGAGGGAGAAGCCCUCCAAGGCUGCCGGACCCGGGCUGGGGGCUCUGCUCCAGCGUCCGUUUCUGGAGAAAGUCCUGGAGUUGUCCCCAAGCUGACGGUGGGAGGGAGAGGGUCUUGCUCUUGCGAUGGCUCUCCAGCUCGUUCGUUGACUCGGAGCUCCACCUACACCAAGCUGAGCGACCAGGCUCUGGGGGAGCGCCACUGUAACGACGCAGACUUUCCUUGCCUGUCGGGGGACGGCACGCAGGACAGCGGCUUCGUGUGCUGCGGGGAGACCGGCGUCCCCAGCAGGGCCGACCUCCUGCUGGAAGCUGCCUACCUCUCUGAGGAGACGGCUACGCUGCUCAACUCCUACCAGCAGACCAUCUCCCACACUUUACCCCAUUCUGCCCCCCCCUCCCUGCCUCACAUGUUCUCCCACACCUUGCCUCAUUCUUUCCCUCGAAAUAUGUCCCACUCGGUGCCACACACCAUGCCUCACUCCUCCACCUAUGAGAAACUCUGCACUGCUGAGCGGCUGGCUCCGUUUCACUGCAAUCUGGGCGGCGUGAGCUGCAUGAGCCACCCCUGCCUGUCCCACCACCACCUCUACCUGCACCCUUUGAGGGAGGCGGGCAUUCAGACCGAGAGCUGCCCGAUCCCUGCAGCUACAGGGUAUCCCUCUGACCUGGACACUAUCGCAGAGCAGCGUACGUUCCGCUCUCAGGCCUGCAGUCCCACCUCCACCUGGAUGUCUGACGAGGGGGAGGAGGAUCUGGACUCCAUCACCACCACCACCUCCGUGACUACAGCUACAGUCAUGAGCACGGCCACAGAGCCCAUUCCGGUUUCCAAAACACCUGCGGUUCCACCUCUGCCGCGUUCUGCUACUGUGGCCUUUUCCACGGAGAGUCCGUGGCGUCCGGCUGACGGCAAAGCUGCAGAAGAGGAGAAGCAAGAGAAAGAGAAGAGAGAGAAGGAAGAGUCAGCAAUAGAAGAACAGUUAGAAAACACCGAGAUCAGACAAUCAGAGGAGGAACAGCAGACGGAUAGAAGCUCAGCUGAAGGCAGCGAGGGAAGAGAAGGGGAGGGAGAACAAAGGAACGUCUGGGAUUUAGUAAAGAUAUCAUCCGGAAAACCUGCCGACUUUAACUUGACAGGUGAGACAGAGGAGACGGUACUGGGAGAGGAGGACAAGCAGGAAGAGACUGGGACAGCAGCAAGAUCAACAGAGGAGACUCCAGAGGUGUUCCCAAGGUUCAUGGGACUGUCUGCAGGUCUGCAACAGCCUCAAACAUCUCAGCCUCCCAGGAGGUCCGUCUCCAGGGAGGACAAAGCCGGCGUCACGGUGGUGGAAGUGGACGAUGAGGAGGAUGAGGAAGAUACAACCGAUGAACAAGAGGCCAGAGGGGGCGUGGCGGCAGAGGACGGAGAACCCGGGAAAAUCCAAAAGAGCUACUGGAGUCGUCACUUCCUGGUGGACCUGCUGGCGGUGGCCAUCCCGGUGGUGCCGACGGUGGCCUGGCUGUGCCGAGGUCCGGUCCGUGACGGCCAGCCCAUGUAUCACAUCGGCUCGCUGCUGAGAGGCUGCUGCACCGUGGCGCUGCACUCCCUGCGCAGGGGAGGGGGCCUGAGGCACUACCCCGCGGGCGGGGGAGACCUGGGGGGCUCACAGAUAUGACUGAACCGUCGCCGGUCUCUCCCUGCUGCGUCACUCCUCCAGUUCGGUCUGCAGAACGCUGCUUUAAGUGCAAGAAGAGGAAGAACUUCCUG